AUGUAUCCCUGGCCCUCGAAAGCACAUUUCAUCACCUCCCUUCUCUUUAGCUCCCCGCAGCUUCUGUUCUCUGAAGCCCAAAAGAAGGCUGUCCUGAAUUGGGCCAAAGAACUUGGUGUUCAAAGCCUUCCCUCACUUGGCGCAAUGAAGAAGUGUCAGAGCCACCUGCAGGAUCUUAUGGGUGAUCUGACUGAGAAAGUCACAUCUCAUUCUGGAAAUGUAUUCUACAUUAAUAGACUACACCAAUCCCCUACUUGCCUUGCAAUGCAAGACUAUCCAGAGGAUGGCGGAACAGGAAUGUUGCAAGUGUUCAAUGGGAAGAAAAUGUUGUUUGAUCUUCCAUCGCCACCAGCAGUUCAGGUGGACAGGACAGUGUAUUUUACAGACAAAUUGUUACAGGAGUCGUCAGGAGCUGCCGCUGACACCCCCAUCAAUGUCACCAAAUCCUGCGAGCAAUCAGAUAAAGUACUAUAUGCACUGGGUCGAGCUAUUGAAUGGACAGAUGCUGGGUUCAUCAUGAGUGAUGACGAGGAGAUCAUUCCGACAUCUAUGUUUAUAUGA